CCGGGAGAAGAGGAGCUGUCAGUGCUGCUGGAGGCACGGGCGCAUCCGCCGCCACUGAUGUGAUUCUCCGCUCCGGCUCCGGGCUCUAGCACCCCUAGUCCUCCUCCUUCUCCUCCUCCUCCUCCUCCUCUCCUUCCUCUUUCCCCUCCCUCUUUCCUCCCCCUCCCCUCCCUCCGGCCCCCUUCCCUUCCUGGUCCCCGCUCCUUCUCGUCCUCCGGCUCCGGCUCUGCAACCCCAGCCCAGCCUCCUCCAGACUCCGGCCGCCGCUGCCGCCUCCGAGCUGCGCGGAGGUGCAGGCGUCGGAGCGCAAGAGCCCGAGGCGAGGCGAACAGAACCGGAGCCGGGGGUGGCGGGGCCGGGGUCCGCGGGCUGCCGAGCUGACAGAGGGGGACGCGGCGACGGAGAAGGCGGCGGCGGCGGCUAUGAAGUGGCCCCCGGUGGCCCGGAGUCCGAGCGUACCGAGGCAGGGAAGCGAGGGAGCCCAGCGCCCGGGCCCCGGGCAGCACCAGCGGGGCGCCGCGUCUGGGGAUUAAGGGCUGGAGAGAACUGCGCGAUGGAGCUGGAGCGAGCCGGGAACGAUUCAGACUCGCGAAACCAGGCCUCCAUCCCCCUGGGGCCCUGAGCUCAGCCCUGGACAGCUGCCCUCUCCCUGGACUCCGGCCUGACCAGACUUCCUAAACCUGCUUCUGCAAUGGGUGGGUUGUAAGAGCUGGUAAUGAGGAGCUGUGGGUCCAGUCAGCCUUGGAGAUGCCGAAGAGACGGGACAUCCUUGCUAUCGUACUCAUUGUGCUGCCCUGGACACUGCUCAUCACCGUUUGGCAUCAGAGCACCAUUGCUCCGUUGCUUGCUGUGCACAAGGAUGAUGGGAGUGACUCAAGGCGGGACCCCAGCGUGGACUCCAGGGAGUAUUGCAUGUCUGACCGGGACAUCGUGGAGGUGGUGAGGACGGAAUACGUGUACACGCGUCCCCCGCCCUGGUCAGACACGCUGCCCACUAUCCACGUGGUCACGCCCACCUACAGCCGCCCUGUGCAGAAGGCCGAGCUGACCCGGCUGGCCAACACGUUGCUCCAUGUACAAAACCUCCACUGGCUGGUGGUGGAGGACGCCCCGCGCCGGACGCCCCUGACCGCCCGCCUCCUCCGGGACACCGGCCUCAACUACACACACCUCCACGUGGAGACGCCGCGGAACUACAAACUGCGGGGGGACACCAGGGACCCCCGCAUCCCACGGGGCACCAUGCAGCGCAACCUCGCCCUGCGCUGGCUCCGGGAGACCUUCCCCCGCAACGCCAGCCAGCCCGGCGUGGUCUACUUUGCUGAUGACGACAACACCUACAGCCUGGAAGUCUUUGAGGAGAUGCGCAGCACAAGAAAGGUGUCGGUGUGGCCGGUGGCUUUCGUGGGAGGUCUCCGGUAUGAAUCACCUCGGGUGAAUGGGGCAGGGAAAGUGAUUGGCUGGAAGACAGUUUUUGACCCCCACCGGCCAUUUGCCAUUGACAUGGCUGGCUUCGCAGUCAACCUCCGGCUCAUCCUGCAACGGAAUCAAGCCUACUUCAAGCUUCGAGGGGUCAAGGGUGGCUACCAAGAGAGCAGCCUUCUCCGUGAGCUUGUCACCCUCAAUGACCUGGAGCCCAAGGCUGCCAACUGCACCAAGAUCCUCGUCUGGCACACACGAACAGAGAAGCCAGUGCUGGUGAACGAGGGGAGAAAAGGCUUCACUGACCCCAAUGUGGAGAUCUGACACAGGGGACCCAGGAGACCCCCCUCUCGCAGACCCUGCUAUUGGCCUCAGAGCCUCUCUCCCCGCUGGCUGUGGAGGCCCUCAAGGCAGACUCCUGAGCAAUCCCUGUCACCUGUCCUUCCAUCCUGGAGGCUACCAAGAAAGCCUGGUGGGACAUGAGGAAGAAAGAAAAAUCAUCGAAAGCACAGAAAUCCCAGGCCUGUCAUUCUCUUCUGCCCAAGAUGACCAAGAGACUGAGUGGGAGAUCCUGGGAGUUGGGGAGUCAAGCUGAUGCCACUCGAGAGCCCUGGAGAGACGGCCCAAUGCCUGGCGUUUUUUCUCCCCAGAGGAAUCUUCCAGCCAACACACAGGCCCAGGAGAGGGAAAGAUCCUGAAAUAGCAGGCUUGUGACUCUGAGCACUGAAUGACCCUCGGCAUGAGAGCUAGGGGGCAAUAGGAGGCACCCAAGGGGAGAGAUUGCUCCCUUUCCCCUGGGUCCUUGUCCUCCCGCUGGGAUUUAUCACAUUGCACAACACAGGACAACCAGAUCGUUUCAAAAACCCAGAAGUGACCAAGAGAAAGCGUGAAAUCUCUCCUCUCUCUGCCCCUUCCUUCCCCCCAGCUUCCCUCCUUGCCUCCGUACCUGCGAGUUGCUCCAAAAUCAGACAUACCUCUCUCUGGCCUGGGUGGCUUUUCUUUGGUUCAUGUUUACAGAACUUAUGGCUGUGUUUCACCCUGGCACCUGACUAACCCUGCAUGGGGGCCUGAGCCUGUUGACAGGCGCCUACCUCAGGUUGCAAUGGGACUAGCUUCUCAUCUUCUAUCCCUUCUCAGAACCAGCAUCAAAUGAGACAUCCUCUCUUGCAAUAGGAAGAAAUCCAGUAGCCCUAUUCCAAAAUGCUGAACUUGGGUUACAACAAGGCCCUGCUCCGGAGCCAGGGUGGGGAAAGGGCUGGGGGAAGGGGAAGGGGUAGAGAUGGUUUAACAAAACUGCAGACUAGAGCAGAGAGUGGAAUCCCUUUCCCUCUAAGUCUUUGAGAUGAAUCAGUCAACCUUCAGGCCUGGGUACAUUAGGAAUACCUGACUAAAGGUGGGGAAAAAGAAAGGGUGGGUGGAGGCAGUGGCAAAGUACAAGAUAGGGAUUCCUUCUAGUUGAGUAUAGGGGAUGGACUUGGGAUGGUGGCAAAAAUGUGAUGAUGUGGUGUGGCUCUGUGACUGUCACCAGCCCCUUUGGUUUUCUGGGCUUCUGAGUAAUAGCAGAGACUGAAGGAAAGCAGCCGAGAAAUCCUGGAUGCUGAACAGGGAGAGGAGCUGAGCACAUAGAAUAGAUUGGAAAUUAUUUUUUAAAAAACAAAAUGGAGAGGAAAAAAUCUAUCUUUUCACUGAGCCAGGAGCAGCCAGAUCAAGCUCCCCUAUCUCCAAAAGUCACUGGCCCCCUCAUUCCUUCUCCACACCAGAGGGGGAAAAAAUCUCCCUCCUCCUUUUUCACCCCCUCCAGUUCCAUUAACUACCAUACCUUGGGCUUGUGGUUUUCGGUUUGGAGAACAUAAAGGAUCUCCCACUGGAUUGCUCUGAUAGGACCCUGCCCCAAACUGCACCUUCUUCCUUCCUGUCUUCCUGGCUGUCCAUCUAUUUUUCAUCCACAACUUCUGUCUCCCAUUCCCUUCUUCCCUCUCCUUCACUCUCCCCCUCGAAAGUUGGAAGCACAAUUUUCCUCCCUGAUGAAGGAAAAAGAAGGGAUCCUACAAGAAGAAACUAACUUUUCUUAACCCCUAACAGCCAACAUCAUAUUUAAACCCAUAGGGUGUCUCUUGAGGACCAAGGGGCAUGCAUAACCUACUCCUGGGUUGGAAGGGGUAUUGGAAGAGGGACAGCCUGGCAGUGUUAUCCUAUUAUUUUUAAAUAAUAGUGGUGACUGCCAAUUUUGAGAUGUACUUUUAAUGUCCCUCAAUAUUUAUAAAGUCACCUCAGAUGGAAACCAGGAGACUGGAACUGAGCUAAGCAUGAAUCAGGGGUUUUCCCAACAGCUUUUAUUUAACUUUUUCUUUAAAUUUAGGGUUGGUUUGUUUUUAUUUUUUUUGUGUGUGUGUGUGGGGGGUGUUGCUGUUAUUUUGUUUUAGGAAGCAACUCCUGUUGGGUAAAGAUGGGGUAAGAGAGACAGGAAACUUCGGGAUAGGCUGAAUUGCAAUUUGCCCGAGCCUUGGCCUGGCGUAGGACAAGAGACAACCAUUUCUGGAACAGCCCCUUUCUGGGAACCAGCCCUGGGAGCCUGAUUGAGGCAGGGCUUGGGCUGGUUUUAGCAAACGCAGAUCUCCUACAUGGUCAGAAACCCAGGCCUCCUUUUCAGGCAAAAUAAAAGAAAACAGAAAAGGGGGUUGGGGAACAUUUAAAAAAAUAACACCCAAAUUUCCAGAUGCUAGUCUAGUUAUUCUCACCCCAAGUCCUCUUUUAGCUGCAUGUCUAUUUAUUUAUAAUCAUAAUCCCAGUGGAUUGCAGCUUUCAUCUUUGCUUGGGAAUGAGCUUGUUGUAGACCAGAAGGACCGUGUCCCCAGUUGUCAACUUCUGUUCCAAACCCAGUCCCUUCCCUCACCUGGGGACCCCCACCCCAGGGGGAGUGAUGCCAGUGGGACUGUGAGGUCCCAGGAACACAGACUGAGCUAGAGGGUGGUGCCUCCUUCAGAGGCACCAUCUCUUCUCAGUUUCAAUUGAACUGUAUUUAAUUUGUUUUAAAAAUUAAAAGUCAAAUAUGG